CAGUGUUCUCUCCCAGUUUAUCGGACGCGAAUCGCUCGAACGGAGACGGUCUUUUGCACAUAAAAAAAUUCCCACACAUCAGUUUACAGUGAACAGCUGAUCAGGGUUGUGUGGUGCAGUGCACGUGUCAUAGGACCCCAUUUCCUCGCCUCCCCGCCCCAUUAAAGCAUAAAAAGGGGGAUCACUAUUGUGAGAAAUAAAAAAAAAGAAACUGCGGAACGUUCAAUGCGAAUUAUUCACGUCUUUUUUGCAUUUUCUUUACCAAAGACCGUUUUGAGUUUCUUCUACAACAUAUAGCUGUAUUUUAUGUGAGUUUCUUUCUUCGCGGAUUUUUAGUGUCUAUGAACGUGAAGCCGCCGAGUAAAAAUGUGAUUUUGCAGAAUGUGAUGUGAAGCUUUCAUGGUGUGGUGAUCAAACCAUAAUUAGAUUUGGCCGAUUUGGCGGAUUUCAAGAUUAAACCGAGCUGUGAGAAUUGGGAACGAAAAAGUGCCUCAAGGGACAACAAAAGAGUGUUGUUGAUAAAUCUCCACUUAAAUAGUUUACAGAAGAGCAAAACUCUGUGUGUGAUAAGUCUGUGAAAAAUAAAAAAUUCUACACAAUACCAGUGCAACGAGAGACUGCCUACAAAGUGAAUUUUUAUCUCGUAAAUAGUGCAAAGUGUUUUAAUUUUUUUUCUACAAACAUUAGAUAGUUUUAAAUAGAGCAAAUAAAUCUCGAAAUAUGAAUAGAAGUCCACAUACGACGACAAGGAAGCGGAAUCCUGUACAGGAUGCUUCAUUUAUGAGCAAAAGAUUGUUUCUAUAUUUGGUAGACUUAUUCCGGAUAGGAAGGAAUCGUUCAAUAGAGGAUAGUGAUAUUUAUGAGACAUUGCCUGAGCAUAAAAGUGAGGGGCUCUCUGAUAAAUUCCACAAAUUAUGGACAGAGGAGCUAAAGAGGAAAUCCCCAUCGCUCUUGCGAAUGUACACAAGAGCGUACGGGUGGUCAGUGAUAGGCCUAGGAUUUCUAUUUUGCAUCAUAGAGACAACUACAAGAAUUGCCCAGCCACUGUGCCUUGGUGGCUUAGUGACGUACUUCUCACCGGGUGAGACGACUGUAACCAAGUCGGAAGCCUAUAUGUACGCCGUGGGGAUUAUUCUGUCUUCCCUUAUCCCAGUCUGCAUCUUCCAUCCCUUUAUCCUUUUCAUCUUCCAGCAGGGGAUGAAAAUUCGCGUGGCGACUUGUACAUUGAUGUAUGAAAAGGUGAUGCGACUGUCCAAAUGCACAACGUUCGACGGCCUCAAUGGGCAGGUUAUUAACUUGAUGUCCAAUGAUGUGGGCAGGUAUGAUGUUGCGAUGGCUUUUCUGCAUGACCUGUGGAAGGGGCCACUCGAAGCGCUUCUCCUGGGAUAUUUCAUCUAUCGGGAAAUUGGUGUUUCCGGUAUUCUGGGGAUGGCUUUCCUGCUCGGAUUUAUCCCUCUGCAAGCUUACAUUGGACGCAAAGCAGCCACUUAUCGACUUCGUACAGCCAAAAGGACUGAUAUCCGGAUACGAUUUAUGAAUGAAAUUAUUCAGGGCAUUCAGGUGAUAAAAAUGUACGCCUGGGAGAAGUCCUUUGCUGCAAUGGUGGACAAAGUUCGCCGAAAGGAAAUAAAUGCAAUCCGGGGGUCAUUCUAUGUACGAGCAACGUUCUACUGCUUCAUUUUAAUCUCCAAAUUCUCCCUGUUUAUCAGUCUCAUGUCCUACAUCUACUUUGGCAAUAUAUUCACUGCCCGCAAAGUAUUUAUCGUGUCCUCCUUCUACAAUGUUCUCAAUGAAUCAAUGGUUCAUUUCUGGCCACUGGCCAUUACAACUUGUGCCGAGGCGUACAUUUCGAUAAAGAGAAUCAAUGAAUUCCUACUGAGGAGUGAGACCAAAGAGCGACCCCUGGAGAAUGAGGAUCACGGAGGAGAUGCAAUUGUUGCCAAUGGGAAGACUGAGAAGGAGAUCACGGAUAAUGUUAAGCGAAAGAUGCUAAUGCUGCGAAAGACGAUGAAUGUCAAUGGGAAGAGCGAUGGGGAACAUUUGCUACCACCGAGAAUUGAUAAUGAGGCAGCCGAGCACAAGGGGGUGAUCCUGAAGAAUGUUACUGCCCUGUGGAAUAGUGAUGGGACACGGAAUGGGCUCAAUUCAGUUGAUUUGGAGGUAAAAGAGGGCAGGAUGUGUGCUGUUAUUGGCCCUGUGGGUUCUGGGAAGACUACCCUUCUGCAGGUAAUUAUUGGAGAGUUGGAACUGGAUGAGGGGACAAUUGAAGUCAAUGGUCGUGUAAGCUAUGCAGCCCAGGAGCCGUGGCUCUUUGAGGGGAGCAUUAGGAGGAAUAUUAUCUUCGUGGAGGAAUACGAUGAGGCGAGGUAUCAUGAGGUGAUUAAAGUCUGUGCCCUGCAGAGAGAUCUGGACAUGUUCCCCCAUGGAGAUGCUACGAUUGUAGGGGAGCGUGGGGUGAGCUUAAGUGGUGGCCAGAAGGCACGAGUCAGCUUAGCCAGGGCAAUCUACAGACGAGCUGACAUCUACCUCCUGGAUGAUCCUCUAUCCGCCGUGGAUACCCAAGUGGGAAAACACAUCUUCGAGCGAUGCAUCAGACGUUUCCUUGCUGACAAAGUCGUAAUCCUCGUGACGCAUCAACUGCAGUACCUCAAGGAUAUUCGCCAGAUUGUUCUCCUAAAUGGUGGGAGGAUUGAGAUGCAAGGAUCCUACGAUGAGAUUCGCCAGAGCAAUCUUGAGUCCAUUCUUUCUCUAGCUCCCGACGAGAGCCAAGAGCCACAGACACCGGUGGCUGAGCAAAAGCUGAAAACCUUCCCGUCCCAGGUGGACUUUAAGGGGCAGGAUGACUCUCUCGUGGAGGAGGAGAAAGAAACUCAAGCUAUUGGCUCUGUGAGCCUCAAUGUCUACAAAUCCUAUUUCAAAGCAAUCGAGAACACCUGUUUCAUUGUAUUUGUCUUUGUUGUCUUCAUCCUCUCGCAAUUUGCCAUCAGUGGGACGGAUUACUUCGUGGCUCAGUGGGUUAACUGGGAGGAAUCUCUUGUUUUGGAUCAAACAAACAAUACGGAUCUCAUUGCUAGUAAUUUUGCCAUAAACACCACAACCACCUUGCCGAAUUUACUGGAGGAAAAUUCAACUGAUGAGGUACUCAUUGAGCCAAUUUCAACGGAAGAAGAUUCCCAGAGGCAAUUCUUUAUGAUAAUCUAUGGAUGCCUUAUGCUGACACUCCUCUACUUGGUCAUCCAGAGAACUUUUGCCUUCUUCAAGCUUUGCCUUAUGGCCUCCACAAAGCUCCACGAUCGCCUCUUUCGUGGCAUUACCCGGGCUACAAUGUGGUUCUUCAACAACAACCCAUCUGGAAGGAUUCUCAAUAGAUUCUCCAAGGAUAUCGGAGGGAUUGACAGUCAGCUACCCAACAACCUUAUUGACUGCAUUAAUUUCUUCCUUGAGGUUGCUGCAGUAAUGGUUGUUGUGGGCAUCGUUAAUUUCUGGAUGAUUAUUCCGACCAUAGUUAUGUCUAUUCUACUUUAUGCAAUCAGGUGGAUUUACAUCAAUACCGGAAGGAGCAUUAAACGUCUAGAAUCAAUGACACGUAGUCCAAUCUUUUCCCACGUAAAUGCAACUCUUCAGGGCUUAUCAACCAUUCGUGCUCUCAAAGCACAAAAAUAUCUUCUGUCUGAAUUUCAUCUGCACCAGAAUGUUAAUUCUUCCGCUUGGUACAUGUACAUCUCAACCGCAAGAUCUUUUGCAAUGUGGUUGGAUUUAAUUUGCUGCAUCUACAUUGCCAUUGUAACACUCAGCUUCCUCUUCUUGGACAACCAAACUUUGGGUGGAAACGUGGGGUUGGCUAUAAUGCAAGUUAACUCUUUGAUUGGGAUGUGUCAGUGGGGGAUGCGUCAAACAGCAGAGUUGGAGAAUAUGAUGACUUCUGUGGAGCGUGUCCUGGAGUAUGCAGACCUACCCUCGGAGGCUGCUCUUGAAACUGAAGCAAAGCAUCGUCCAUUCAAGGGAUGGCCCAAUCAGGGAGCUCUGUCAUUCAACAAUCUAUCCCUGAGGUAUUCAGCUACAAGCGAGGUUGUCCUUAAGGACAUGAACUUCUCAAUUAGAGCAGGGGAAAAAAUAGGAAUCGUUGGACGAACAGGAGCAGGAAAAUCCUCAAUAAUUCAGGCCUUGUUCCGCUUAGCUCCCAUUGAGGGAAAAAUUGAAAUUGAUGGCAUUGAUACGCAAACAUUGGGCUUGCAUGAUCUCCGUAGCAACAUUUCCAUAAUCCCACAAGAUCCAAUCCUCUUUUCUGGGUCAUUGCGUGCAAAUCUUGAUCCAUUUGACGAGCGCAAGGAUGCGGAGAUUUGGAGCGCCCUCGAAGGCGUUGAGCUGAAGGAAGUUGUCACAGCUCUAGCAGGUGCAAUUGACUGUCGCAUGGCAGAUGGUGGAUCAAACUUCAGUAUGGGACAGAGGCAACUUGUCUGCCUGGCAAGAGCCAUUCUCCGGGACAAUCGCAUCCUCGUUCUCGAUGAGGCAACAGCAAAUGUUGAUCCUGAAACCGAUCGACUCAUCCAGACGACGAUUAGGACGCGUUUUGCUCACUGCACGGUACUCACGAUUGCUCACAGGCUGCACACAGUCAUGGAUAGUGAUCGUGUGUUGGUGGUUGAUGCAGGACGUGUUGUGGAGUUUGGAGCCCCCCAUGAGCUUCUUCAGCGCUCCGGAGGACAUCUCAAGGCUCUAGUAGAUCAAACGGGCCCUGCCACAUCUACACUUCUUGCCCAAAUUGCCGAAGAAACCUUCAACAGGGCUGAGCAGAAGAAGAAUAAAUAAUUCGUGCGCAUAUCUCACACUGCAACUCAUCAGUAUUUCAAAAUACUUAUAUAAAAACUUAAAAAAAAAGAAUUUAAGGACGAUUGAGAUGUGUAGUUAGUUGAAUUUCAAAUUGCAUGCAAUAGUUUAGCAAAUAUACAGUGUGAUUUCUUUUCUUAAA